AUGCCAGCACCGACAGCAGCUUCUGCAACGAAUCGACGCAAAGCGACUACUGACAAGCUGGCACCACGGAAACGCGCACCUAUCGCUUGUCAGUUUUGUCGACUUCGUAAGACCAAAUGUGACGGUGUUAAGCCUGUUUGUAGCUUUUGUGAACAUCACCAAGCACAAUGCAUCUGGGGCGUGGCAACCGACGAGAUUGCGAGCACACCCGCUGAGAAGGAAAUACUUCAACGUCUGGAUGAGCUAAAAGACCUAUUAUCAGAUGUAAGACAGACCGCUUCGAAUAUCGCCGAGCCCCACUACAGCACCUCAACGCCACAAACACAACGACCAGCUACGCCCAUCACUGCAGCUUCGCAAAACACCACUCUAGAUCCGUUAGCAAACUUAGCUUCGCCAUUUACACAUACGCGAUGCGAGAAGGUCCUAGCAUGGCCUAUCUUCCACAGCGUGGUUGACCCGAACGAUGUCGCUAUCGAAUCAUUCGUCUUGGAGUGUGACAACUCAGUGGUGCUUGAGGACGACAUGUCUAUAUCACCGAGUGAGACUUGUUUGGAUGCCCAAGUUGCUGGUUUGGGUGUUCGGACUGAUCAAUUGUUGCCGCUUUGCCGCAAGUUUUUGGACCACGUACAUCCUAGGAAUCCGAUGCUUGAUGAGGUGCAGCUUAUCCGAUACGCUGAGCAUGUUGCUGAGUGCGGCUUGGAAUGGGAUGGACCUUCAUGUCUUGUCUUAGUUGCAAGCGCCCUCGCUUGUUAUACCGCACCUUGGGAACGCGGCGAUCUCGACUACCAUUCGUCUGCAGAUUCAGUGACCGAGGAUGCUGUAUCUGCUCAAGCCUAUUACUUUGCUGCUAAGCAACGGUUCGGUCUCCUUGGGUGGUCCUUGGUGGACAUCCACUGCCUUUUCUUCGCAUCGGUAUACGAAAAGUAUGCACUAAACCCUCUUCAAGCAUGGUUCUAUAUCCAACAGGCCUCUACUCGCUUGCAGGCGUACUUGAGGCGCCAGACAAACACCUUACGCUCCAAGAGUCGUACCGUGCGGUCAAACGAACUCGUGCAGCGCGUAUUCUGGUCUGUUUACAAAGCCGAACACGAAUUGCUACCUGAACUCCCUUUCAGAUCCAGUGGCAUAGAGAUCUUUACACGAAUCGACUCCAUGUUUCCCUCGCCUUCAACCUUUGAGGCGAAAAGUGAUAGUGCCUCUGCAUUCAACGAGCAAGACCCUGGGUCCAAGGAACGAAGCUGGGCAUUUUAUCUAGCUGAGAUUUCCAUUCGGCGCACAAUAACCGACACUAUAUUUACCCUCUACCGUAAGGGCGAGAGCUACUGGCUCAAUCACAUUGGAUCGCUAGUACGCCAAUGCGAAGAUUCGGAAGAACAUAUCCAGUUGUGGCACUCGCACCUCCCGCCGUCAGUCCGAUUCGAUCCCGACGGAAACCCGGACAAUGAGCUUGCAUUCUUUCUGAAGGGUCGCUUCUCCUCGUGGCGGGGCUAUAUACUCCGGCCCGUGCUAUACUAUGCCCUUCACCGUCCCUCUCAACAAGCCUUGACGCCUCAAAUAUUGGCCUGCGCCCGGGAACUCGUUACUGUGUGUGCGGAAAGCAUCGUUCACUACGACCAGCAUAACCGGCAUGGUGGGACUUGGUUCGUCUGCCGACUAUCCUUCACCUCGGCACUUCUACUACUAAGUGUAGUGAUCAAAGGCGACGUCGACGUUCUUCCACCAGCGAAUUGGGAUUCGCUCAUUGUCAUGUCCAUCUCAACUUUGCGAAAGUGGGAAGUCCAGUCCGCCGACAUUUGGAGACUGCGCAUAACUCUGGAGCGGCUUUACACUGUAGUUUGCCCUCGUGCAACUACGCCUACAUACCAAGCUUAG